CGCUUGGAGCAGCAGCUCGGUUGUUGGAGCGGCAGCUCGGUUGUUGGAGCAGCAGCUCGUUUGUUGGAGCAGCAGCUCGGUUGUUGCUGCUUCGGCAAGCGAGCGUCUCGUCCUUCCUCCGCGGCCGCGUCGUCAGCUGUCAAGUCGACGCCACAGCUCUCGCCAGCCUCGAGAAGCGACGCCCUGCGCUGUGCCAGGAUGAGCGGCGACGGCGACGGCUUCAACCCCGCAGCGGUGGCUCAGCCGGUGGAGGACGCGCAAGGGGAUGGGCGCUGGAUGGCACAGCACAGCCGAUUUGUGCAGGAGUGCAAAGACGCAGAACCAGAUGUGCUGUUUGUGGGAGACUCGAUGGUACAACUGAUGCAGCAAUAUGAGGUGUGGAGGGAGUUGUUCUCACCGCUUCACGCCCUCAACUUUGGCAUCGGCGGCGACACCACCUGCAACGUCUUGUGGCGGCUGCAGAACGGAGAGCUGGAGAACAUCCGUCCCAAGAUUGUGGUGGUGUGGGUAGGAACCAACAAUCACGAACACACAGCAGAGCAAGUUGCUGGAGGAAUUCUUUCCAUCGCAAAGCUGCUCACCUGCCGUCUCCCCAAAACGAAAGUGGUCGUACUGGGUUUGUUACCGCGGGGGGAGCGUCCCAACCCGCUGAGGGAGAAGAACGCCGCCGUCAAUGACUUUCUGCGCUCCUGGCUGCCUCGCCUGGGCCAGGUCCAGUUCCUGGACGCCAGCGCGGAGUUCGUCCACUCCGACGGCACCGUCGGUCCGCAGGACAUGUUCGACUUCCUGCACCUGACGUCGACGGGUUACCGCGUCGUGGCCAAGCCCCUCAGCGACCUGCUGCUUCAGAUACUCGAGGAGACGCCGGAGGAGCGAAGGGCGUCGCUGGUUUGAGCGGCCGAGCGGGAGGAGGGAAGGCACCCUGAGACGGGCGGGCGUGUCUCGGUUUUGAUGAGCGGGACGUCGGCGUGGGCCCUGUCGAGGGAGAGAGACGUCGCUUCGCUCGUCAAACGACUCCCUGCCUGAGACCUUGUGCGACCGCACCGUCAGAUCCAAUGAAGUAUUUCUCUUGAUUUCUCAGCACCGUUACUCACUGAUGUGCACAGCCUCAUUUCUUCCUGUAUUAUGUCAUCACGGUCAAAUGUUGACAGCAACUCCGGUAACAUGAGAUGGAACUUGCAUGAUGUUUGAAGUAUGCUCAUGGGGGGGGGGAAUGAUACAAAGUGCUUAACGUCCUCCAAUCAUUACUUUUUAUUUUAAAGGUUCACAAGCCGUGUGACAAAAGAUUUGCCAAAGAGCACAGCAAAAUAGCGCAGUUUUACUGAUUAGUAAGCUGAUCACCUUAAUGCUCAGUGUGCUCGAAUUCCGUAAGUAUCGAUGUGUCGGAGGUGAAUCCAGUUGAAAUUAUUCGCUAAACGUUCACGCAGCGUACUUGAGCAAGCCAACAACAUCAAGUUACAUCAUCAAGCGAGGGAAUUGUUUGCAACAGAAUUGAAGACUGGUUGAAACACUUCUCAUGCGCGCUGUUCUGCAUCCUGACAUGGACAAAUAAUGACACUCUCUCCCUCCCAUUCAACACUUUGAUGGAUAUCCAGUACAGUAUUUUCUUUCUUACGCACCUUUUCAUUCUGUGACUUUUUAUUUUAAAUUUGUUGUUGUUGUAAUUUUAUCCACCCGUUGUGUUUCGUUUCGUCAUUGAGCUCUCACACAACUCUGCCCCGUUUGGCUCCCCUUCAUUAGCCAAUACUUUUUUAGGAAUACAAAUUUGCAGAAGCUACUGAAUAUUAUCAUGCUACCAAGACAAAAACACAUUUUGGCAAGCUUAUGCUAAACCUUCUUUAUGACUCAACAAGUCACAUACUGAGCUUCAAAUUAUCUGACGUUUACUGCUGUCUUAAGCUCUGCGCAGCACGUGCUGCGCGUGUAUGAUUGUGUGUGUGUGUGUGUGUUUGUGUGCACGCCUCCAAUGUUUACGGGAGCGUUUGUGUACAGCGUGUCUGCAAGUUGGAGCGGUGCGAGUGAUUCGAAGUGACCCCGCAUGUAUAUAAGAGACGUGCAAAGGAUGUCUGUAGGGGAUUUAGACUGUGGGAGUCUGUCAGUGUGUUACGUUAUUUUGUGCACUUGUUUGGCUUGUUGUCUUGUUAUUGAGUUAAAGUAAAGCAUUCCAAUAAAAAAAAGAAAAAAAAAAAAGAAAGA